AUGGACUGGAAUCACCCACCGGAAGAACAAGCCGGUACCUCAACCCCGCAAUCUUCGGCACCCAAAAUUGCUCAAAUGGCUGAACGCGGUAAUCAAAGUAAGUUGGAAGAGAUGUACCGUAAGCAACAAAGUAACUUCAAGGCUUUCCAACGCGCUAUCAACAACACUAGAUUAGAAUUACUCACCGAACGGUGGGAAUUCGAAGAUGCUUUAAAAACCGUGCAGGCUCGGUGGACCGCCAUCGACACCUUACAUUGGGAAAUCGACAGUGAACAAAUCAACGAAAAGCCGGAAUACGAAGAAACCUACAACCAGUGCGAACAAAAAUACAACGAUAUCAAAAAACGUAUCAAUAUCAAGAUGUGGGACUCUUCGCACCGAGAAAAAUCAACUCCAAAAAUAGAAAUACCCAUCUUCAAUGGAAAUUAUCAUCAAUGGACAUCUUUUAAGGAUUUGUUCACAGAAACCAUACACAAGAACAACUCUAUAUCAAACGCGCAAAAAAUGCAGUUCUUAAAAAGUAAGGUCAAGGGCGAGGCAGAGAAGCUUAUCCAGCAUUUAAAAAUCAGUACCGACAAUUAUCAAGUUUGCUGGGAAAUUUUAAAUCAUCGCUACAACAACACCAAAUUAAUAUUCAGUUCCCAUGUCAACAUCCUUCUUGGACUACCCACUAUGCAACAGCAGACUGCCGUAGCAAUAAAAAGGUUACACGACAACACUAAAGAAUGCCUUCACGCCAUACAAAAUUUGGGCGUUGACAGUGUUGACACAUCUACGUGGGACCCGUUAAUUGUACAUCUACUAGCACAAAAAUUAGAUGCUGACUCUCAUCACGACUACGUCGAGCAUGUAGCGGACCCGAGGGAGCUACCUACACUGGCUGAAUUUUUGUCAUUCUUAGAAGCAAAAUUUACUGCGCUAGAAUCAUCUCGGCGAAAACAAGAGCAAACGAAACCUGUUCAACAUACCAACUACGAAAAAAGGUUUGGCGGCAAGCCUUCGUCAUAUCAAAACCCCCGCUCCGAAGGUGUUAUCAAAGAAAACCGAAAUUAUCAUUAUUCGCCAAACAAGAAUUAUCAAGGAAAUCAAGCAAAAAAUCAUCAAUCAUUUUCAAGCAACAAUUUCAAGUGUCCUUGUUGCACUUAUAAUCAUGAUCUAUUUCGAUGCUCGAAGUUUCUAGGCAUGACACCCGAGACGAAACUUGCAACAAUAACAACAAAGGAAAUAUGUCCGAACUGCUUAUACAAACAUUACGGCAAUCCAUGUUUGUCGGAAAAACGUUGCAAGCAAUGCAACGGCGAACAUAAUACGAUACUCCACGAGGCCUUUGUCAGCAAGAAAAAGGGGGCCACAAAUGAACAAAGUACAUCAAAAAACGUGGUACACGUGUUUCAAGAUGAAGAUUUGGACACUCUAUUAUCGACUGCCCAAAUUAAGGUGCAGACAAAGGAUGGAUCUUAUAUCAAGUUUAGAGCCUUAAUCGACCCAGGAAGCCAGCUAAACCUCAUAUCAGAAAACGCUGCCCAACUACUAGGCCUACCACGUCAAAAUUACAGUGGUACGGUCUUUGGAAUCGGAAAAAAGGAGAGUAGCUGCAAAGGAUUUACUAUUAUCAAGGCCGAAUCUAUGCAUACGGAUUACACAUUUACCACAAAAGUUUACAUAAUGAACCGUCUUACCAUAGACUUACCAAAUGAAUCAUUUAUCAAGCCUUUAUGGCCGCAUCUUGAAGGCUUACAGCUGGCAGACCCCGAGUUCAAUGUCAGCAACCCCAUUGACAUUUUAUUGGGCGCAGGUGUUUACGCAAGAAUCAUUUUGGGCUCUGUCCUCAGGGUAGAUGACGUAACCCCCAUAGCCCUGGACUCUCAUCUUGGGUGGCUUCUCUGCGGUGACAUGAAGUCUUAUCAUUGCAAUAUGGUUUUAAACAACAUUGAAGAUAUCAGCAGAUUUUGGGCAAUAGAAGACAUCGCCGAAAAUUCGGACAACUUAUCAACAGAAGAUCAAUAUUGUAUCAAUCAAUACAAAUCAGAAACCACGCGCCGAGGCGACGGACGCUAUGUGGUACGAUUACCCCUGAAACCGGACAUUGAAGAAAAAUUGGGGGAGUCAAGAAACAAGGUAGUGGCACAAUUUUAUCAACUUGAGAGAAAACUUAUGAAAAAUGAAAAAUUAUCGGAAGGUUACAAAUCAUUUAUCAACGAAUACUACGAACUGGGACAUAUGCGCGAGUGCGAAAGAGACACACAACCUAGCAACUACUUACCACAUCACUGUGUGCAACGCGCUGAAUCAUCAACUACAGCUCUUCGUGUUGUUUAUAACGCGUCAGCACCCACAUCGUCGGGUUACAGCUUGAAUGAUGAAAUGUACAGUGGGCCCAAUUUACAAUCAGAUUUAUUUAAAUUGAUUUUAAGAUGGAGGCAAUAUAAAAUUGUCUUUCUCGCGGACAUAGAAAAAAUGUUUCGCCAGAUAUUGUGUCACGAAAAAGAUCAACUUUAUCAGAAAAUUAUUUGGAGAGAUCAUCCAAAACAAACACUACGAGAAUAUGCAUUAACGACGGUGACUUAUGGCACAAAGGCAGCACCGUUUUUAGCAAUGAUGACUUUGAAACAGCUGGCCCUUGACGAAGGUCAUCAAUAUCCUGAAGCAGCAAAAAUAUUGGAUCAAGAUUUCUACAUGGACGACCUUCUAAGUGGCACGCACGAUAUCAUAUCAGCAAAGAAAUUGCAAACGGAUCUUAUCAACCUCCUUAGAGCGGGGGGUUUCAACUUACGGAAAUGGUCAUCGAAUAACCCCAGAUUGCUAGAAGGUGUGGACACCACAAAACAACAAUCAUUCGAUUUCAAACAUCAAGAGUCGCAAAAAACCUUGGGGCUGCGAUGGAACCCUCAAGACGACGAAUUUACAUUCCAACUUAAAAUACAACCGUCGCCGACUGGUGACCACGAAACGCUCACUAUUAUCAGACAUUUCGAAGAUCUUCGACCCUCUAGGGUGGUUGUGCCCUACAACAACAAAACUGAAGCUAUUAUUUCAAUCGGUCUGGAAAGAAGAAGAUUUGAAAUGGGACGAUCAAGUAUCAGAAACAAUUGA